AUGAGCAGAGAAGACACAUCUUCAUUAACUGAUGCUGUUGAGCAAGCUGCAAAACGACAACAAUCACAAACAUCAGAAAUAGAAAAACAUAAGAAAAUUCUCUUCCAUUUGCAGAUUGAGCUUCAUGAUCUUGAAAAACAAAUUGCAGCUACUGCUGCAGAAGCUAAAGAAACAGAGAGGCAAAUGCACCAGCAAGAUGUUGCCAUGGAAAAUUCCAAACUUCAGUGUGGACUUUUGAAAGCUCAAAUUGAGUCUUUACAUUCAGAAAGUGUAAAGCUUAAAUUUGACACAGAAACAACCCAAGAAAAAUUUGAGGAACAAAUGAUAAAAUAUAAUGCAUAUUAUGCAAAAAUAAAAGCCUAUAAAGAUAGUUUAAGAGAGACAGAAAGCAAAUGCUCAUUUAUGACUGAACUGUAUGAAAAAAGAGAUCUCAUAAAAAACCUAAAGGUGAUGAAAGAAGAUCUGAAGGAAAGUCUCCAAAAUCCACAGGGGAAAUAUGCAACACAAAUACAGGAAGAAAUUUCAGAGCUAAUGGGUAAAAUUUUGACAGUAAAAGAUUCAAUCAUUGAGAAGACCUAUUUUAUUGAAGAAGAGAAAAAGAAACAUGAAAAACUAAGAAAAGAAAUAGAGGUACAACAUAAGAGAUAUGAGGCAAUUCUUAAGCGUUUGCAUUGUCAGGUGAACAAGAUUCAGUUAAAUAGGAGGAAAUGGCAAUGGAACAUCCAACAGCUGGAAAAAACUGCAUCUGAGUUAAAAAAGCGCCUUGGAGUGAAAGAAGCCUGUGAAAUACAGAACAGACCACCAGCAUUGUGUGAAAGAAUCCUGUGAAGAUCCUUUGGUCUCUUGUGAGCCAGAACCCAGUGGUAGAGGCCUGUCUCAAUGGCUGAUAUUUCCUUUUCCUUUUUCCUCCUCCU